AUGGCACCCCAUCUGGUGCAGCCUGGGUGGCGCUUCUGGCGGCAGGCGGCGUGCACUCUGGGAGCCUCUGUGCAGCACAGGACAUGGGCAGGGGUGUCCAGGAUCCCCAGGCUGGGCAGCCCGUGGGGAGCCACGGCCACCAGCCCCCGGGUCUACAGAAGUGGCUUUUCCACGUCCCCCCGGGCCCCGGAGGUGAUGCUGACCCGGGAGCGCUACCCUGUGAGGCGGCUGCCAUUCUCCGUGGUGUCUGGGGAAGACCUGGCAGCCUUUGAACGCAUCGUCCCCGGCAGGGUCAUCACAGACCCAGAGGUGCUGGAGGCUUCAAAUGUGGACUGGCUUCGAACCGUCCGAGGGAGCAGCGUGCUGCUGCUGAGGCCGCGGACGACAGAGGAGGUGUCCCACAUCCUCAGGCACUGUCACGAGAGGAACCUGGCCGUGAACCCGCAGGGGGGAAACACAGGCAUGGUGGGAGGCAGCGUGCCCGUCUUCGAUGAGGUCAUCUUGUCCACCGCCCUGAUGAACCAGGUCAUCAGCUUCCACGACAUGUCCGGUUGUCCGGGCUUCUCUGAGGUCCUGCAGACCUUCAGCACCUGCAAGGGGCUGCUGGGUGAGAUCCUGUCCGCGUACGAGUUCAUGGAUGCCGAGUGCAUGUGGCUGGUCACGCGUCACCUUCGCCUCGCCAGCCCGGUGCAAGAUCCCAGCUGGUUCAUUCCAGACCAGCACACGGGACGCCGAUACCACGUUGCAGAAAGUGUCUGUGCCUCGGAACCUGUAGAUCUUGAGAGUCCCUUCUAUGUUCUGAUCGAGACCUCAGGCUCCAGAGCAGGCCAUGAUGCUGAGAAGCUGAAUGACUUCCUGGAGCAGGUGCUGAGCUCCGGCCUGGUGACGGAUGGGACCGUGGCCACAGACCACAUGAAAGUCAAGGCGCUGUGGGCCCUCAGGGAGAGGAUCUCGGAGGCGCUGAGCCGGGAUGGCUACGUGUACAAGUACGACCUAUCCCUGCCCACCGAGAGGCUCUACGACCUUGUGACUGACCUGCGCGCGCGCCUCGGCCCGCGGGCCAAGCACGUGGUGGGCUACGGCCACCUGGGGGAUGGGAACCUGCACCUCAACGUGACGUCAGAGGCCUUCAGCCCUUCGGUGCUGGGCGCCCUGGAGCCCUAUGUGUACGAGUGGACGGCCGAGCAGCGGGGCAGCGUCAGCGCAGAGCACGGCCUGGGCUUCAAGAAGAGGGGCGUCCUCGGCUACAGCAAGCCGCCCGAGGCCCUGCGGCUCAUGCAGCAGCUCAAGGCCCUCUUGGACCCCAAGGGCAUCCUGAACCCCUACAAGACGCUACCUGCCCAGGCCUGA